AAUAUUUUUCUUAAAACGUCAAAUGAAAGGCAUUGAAAUGACUAAACCGUCAUCAAAAAUUCAUAUGACAGGUAGAGGUGACCGUCAAAUUCCAGGCCUGGUUUGGACCAUCGGAUGACUUUAUCGCUCCACGUAUUGCGAUUUGAUGGGUAAUACGGCCGACUGGCGUAUUCCUUUCCUGCACCCGACGGUACACUGCAAACAAUGGUGAUUUUCCAUAACCUGAUGUUGACUACAGUAACCCCUGUUUCUUUGCAGGAUUUCUUGAACAUGUAUUUUCAAAAGCAGUACAAACCCAUCCGUUUGGCGUACAAUCUGGUGCUUGCAAUGCUAUGGCGUCAUCCAGAGAACGUAGAGCUGGAUUCUGUCAAAGUUGUUCACUAUUGUGUAGUUGGUUCAAAACCGUGGAGGUUCACUGGUGAGGAGGAAAACGUGGAGAGGGAAGAUAUAAAGAGAAGGCAACCAACGCAUUGCCUGCUCCACCCACAGCUUGACCAGAGUCUAGACAAGUAGAUUUAUAGAAUAUAUAUAAUAUAAGGUAUUUUAUUGUAUGCUCAAAAUUGUGCAUAGCUCUGGUAAGGCCGUGGAGCUUUUGUUGCCCUGAUGAAAUUCUUUUUUUUUUAAUUUUCAACCAAAACAAAUUUGAUUUGUGUAUAGAUUGAUUUGUAAA